CGCCUGCUUCUCUGGGAUUGCCCAGCUGAAUGUGACUAUACCUGCCAGCACAUAAUCACCGAACAACGCGUCGCUGCCUCCGAGCCGGUCGUCCAAUUUCACGGAAAAUGGCCUUUCUACCGCUUCCUGGGCAUGCAAGAGCCCUUCUCCGUCCUAUUCUCUCUUUUCAACUUCCUUGCGCACUAUAACGGCCGCUUGAAGGUCCUCUCCAACAUUCCAGAAUCGUACCCGAUGCGCCGAUACUACAUCCUCCUCUCAUACUUUGGAAUGGGCAGUUGGGUUUUUAGUAUGAUCUUCCAUACGCGAGAUUUCAAGAUUACUGAAGAGCUGGACUAUUUUGCUGCUGGCGCAAGCGUUCUUUACGGCCUGUACUAUACACCGAUCCGAAUCUUCCGGCUCGACUUGGGAGGGGAAAAGACGCAAUCCAUAGUCCGCCUGUGGACACUUCUCUGCAUAUUGCUAUACACCGCACACGUAACCUACUUGAAGUGGUAUUCAUGGGAUUACACGUACAACAUGGCCGCCAACGUGGUGGUAGGCGUCAUCCAGAACAUAAUGUGGAGUUGGUUCAGUUGGAAUAAAUACAAGGAGUCAGGUCGCUCUUGGACCAUGUGGCCGGGACUCGUAGUUGCAUGGGUUAUACUGGCCAUGAGUUUGGAACUGCUGGACUUCCCUCCAUGGUUGGGUUGCUUGGAUGCCCAUAGCUUGUGGCAUCUGGGUACUGUGGCUCCCACCGUCGUUUGGUACAAUUUCUUGCUUAAGGAUGCGCAAGAUGACAUGGCUAAGCAAAGACUAAAGGCCUGA